GUCAUUAUUGUCAACGUGGUUGAAUCAAAUUGAAUGUACACAUUUUUAUUUGUUUCUUUUUAUUUAGUGAGAAGAACAAUUAAAAUAGACUAAUUAAUUGCCUUAAAGUGUAGUGAUCGAUUCGAUAAUUCGUGCGUACAAUUCAGUAGCUGUCAUGUUUGAGUUUAAUCAGGUAAAUUGAUCGUUCGGAGUAAAUUCAGCAUUUGUCUCGUGGAUUCUAACCUAUUUUUUUUUCUGUCACUCCAGUUUAAAUUUGAAAAUAUAGGGUAUGCUACGAAACUAUAUAAAAAUUUUAAUAAAUGUUUCUAUCACUUUUUUAACAAAAUAUCUAAAAUUCAUAACUUUAAGUUACUGGUUAUUUUAUGGCGGAACUAUGACAGGCUCAAUGAAGAGAAAACUGCGUUUAGAAAAUAAAAAGAGAAAAAUGGCUGCUUUAAUGGAUAUAGUUAAAUUAAACGAAUUCGAUAGAGUACAGAAAAACAAACAUGACAAAAUAGAUAAUACUGUUAUUAUGAAUCCUAUGAAAGAACCCGUUCCUAAGAAGUUGAAAACAGAAAACCACGAACUCUACAUUACUUGCAGGAACGAGAACAAUUUGAAGCAAGAACCACUCCCGCCGCCUCUGAUUGGCGAACUGGGCCCCUCCGGCAAGCCCAGGCUGGACGGUGACGAAUUCAAAGAGCUGAAGAAGAUGCUGAGAGAAAAGACCCAGAAGCACCGGAACGCGCCGCAGCUUCGGCUGAGGGAAUUGGGCGCGAACGCCAGCUUAAAUAUCGACAUUAACGAUCGAAUACCCCUGUUCUUAUCGGACCUCCAACACCUCCUCAUGUACUCCCAAAUCGGAGUACACGCGCCCUACUCGCCAGCCAGAUGGUGCGCCUUGGACAAAUACAACAGGCUGAUCAACACGAAUCUGAUCAUCGUCGAGAACGUGUCCCUCUACCACUUCACCGCCCACGAGAGCAUGUUCCCCUUCCUCAGCUCCUACUUCGAGCACAAAGUGGAAAUGAUCACUCCCAGCUCCUACAACAGCGACAUCAUCAAAGACCUCUCCAUGGUGCCCCUCACCGGCACGCAAAUGAAGAAGUUCCAGAACAAUUUCGGCACGUUGGAGAAGGCCGUGCUGAACAGCAGCGAAGUGUUCGACACCGUCAGGAAUUUCUUUCCCAUCGAAGAGUCCGAGGUGCCGGAAACGGCGCCGAUCGGUAGGAAUUUACCGGUCAGCGACCGGUUCUCGAGGACCGAACUGUUGCUGUCCGGCUGGCAGAUGGUCGAGGAGAACUUCCCGUUGCCCAUAAAGGGUUUGAUGGAGAGAAAAUACUUGGGGUACGUGUUGACUAAAGAUAAAUACAAGCACGUCACGCCGUCCAGUCCGAUGUAUGCUUUAGAUUGCGAAAUGUGCAGGACGUCUACAGGUGAUUUGGAAUUGACCAGGAUAUCGUGCGUGAACGAGAAACUGGAAGUGUUCUACGACACGCUGGUGAAGCCCGACAACGAAAUCAUCGAUUACCUGACCAAAUGGUCGGGUAUCAACAAGAAAAUGAUGCAGAACGUCUCGAAGAAACUGAAAGACGUGCAAAACGACCUCCGGAAACUGUUUCCGGAAGACGUCAUCUUGGUCGGGCAGUCUCUAUCCAACGAUUUGCACGCGCUCAAAAUGAUGCAUCCCUAUAUUAUCGAUACAAGUGUAAUAUACAAUAUAACUGGAGACAGAGCCAGGAAAUCGAAAUUGCAAACGUUGGCGCGGGAAUUUUUGAAGGAGAAAAUCCAGAUCAGCCAUCACGGGCAUUGCUCGAGCGAGGACAGUCUGGCCUGCAUGAAAUUGGUUCAGCUUAGAUUAAGGAAGCACCUCUAUUACGGGGACGCCGUAAUGGGGGGCGUCAAGAACGACUUGAGGACAUACCCCGAAAUGGGUACUUCGCAAUUCGCCACUAGUAUGUUAAGGCAAUGCGUUAAGAUGGAUAAGAAAGCGAACGUAACAGGUGUCGAUGAAACGAGCUUGAAGUACAAAUUUUACGUGGAUAAAGGCGACGAUAAGGACAUGGCGAGCAUAAAUUGUUGUUCGAAGAAAUCGAACAAAGAGGCGAUUCGAGCUUACUGUGAUUCGUUGAAGAAUUAUUCGUUGAACAUCGCGCAUUUGCGGGUGGCCGAUAAUCAGUUAGAUUGUUCUAAUUGUAAGAUAUUUAAGAAUUUAGAUAAAUGGAUUAGGGAGAUAUACGAGCACAGUACAAGUCCGAGUUUGCUGAUGGUGUUGUUCGGUGGACAAAAACAGGCCAACGGGGUGUGUUUCUUACAAGUGAAAAAGGAUUUAUUGUGAACAUAAACAUAUGUAUAAAUGUAUUGUUAAUUUCAAUUUAUAAACUUUUUAUAUGUUCCAGUCGGGUUUGUUAAUUUUGUCAUCUAUUCUGUUAAAAUAAACCUUUUACAUUUACCUACGUUUCGCCUUAUUUAUGUAGCUUAUUAUUAAGUAAAAAAGAGUACACUAGGUGACCUACAAUUUCAGUGCUUCUUGUAAUUUUUUUCUGGCUAAUGCCACUCGAUCCUCUUGUCUCUUGAUGUCGUCUUCUGAAAUAUUAACAGCAUGUACCAGCGGUUGUUUUGGAUCCAAAAAUACCCCAGGAUUUUUUUCUAGAAGAGAUUUUGUACUCGUUUGGCCCGUAACGGGUUGAGAGGAAACAUGCAAUGCAGUCGCAACACUUUGUAUAAUUGUAUCUUCAGU